CAUUGGGACUAUUGGGAGAGUUAAUGACACGUAUGCCGUUUCGUCAGUGCAAAAUAUAAUAGAUGUCAAUACCUGGUGACAGCUUGACACCGCGAGACUCGUCCGCCCUUUGAUAACGAGGAUUCCAGCUGAUCCUAACCGGUUCGAGAGCGAGUCCGCGGCGACGACGCCAAAAUGAACAGCAUAGCCGACCAGCCAUGCUACACCCUGAUCAACAUUCCGCUGGACACGGAGCCGGCUAACGAGCUCCAGUUGAAGCAGGAUCUCGAGAAAGGUGACGUCAAAGUCAAGAUCGAGGCCCUCAAGAAGACCAUCAACAUGAUUAUGAGCGGAGAACGACUGCCUGGUUUUCUCAUGAUCAUCAUAAGGUUCGUGCUGCCGCUGCAGGAUCACACUAUCAAGAAGCUGUUGCUCAUCUUUUGGGAGAUUGUGCCCAAGACGACGCCUGAUGGCAAGCUUUUGCAAGAGAUGAUUUUGGUCUGCGAUGCUUACAGAAAGGACUUACAGCAUCCCAAUGAGUUCAUCAGGGGCUCGACUCUUAGGUUUUUGUGUAAAUUGAAAGAGCCGGAACUACUUGAGCCACUUAUGCCAGCAAUAACUGCUUGCUUGGAACACAGGCAUUCCUAUGUCAGGCGCAAUGCUGUCUUGGCAAUAUUCACAAUUUAUCGUAACUUUGAGUUUCUCAUCCCCGAUGCACCAGAAUUGAUUGCGAAAUACUUGGAGAGCGAGGAAGAUGUGUCUUGCAGGAGAAAUGCUUUUCUCAUGUUAUUGCAUGCCGAUCAAAGCAGAGCUCUAUCUUAUUUGGCUGCCUGCUUGGAUCAAGUUCCAAGAUUUGGAGAUAUUCUACAACUCGUCAUUGUCGAACUCAUUUACAAGGUAUGCCUUGCAAAUCCAGCGGAACGAGCCCGUUUUAUCAGAUGUAUCUACAGUUUACUUAACUCAUCUAGUUCUGCAGUUCGCUAUGAAGCAGCUGGUACUUUGGUUACACUUUCAAGUGCUCCAACUGCUAUUAAAGCUGCAUCCUCUUGUUACAUUGAGUUAGUGGUUAAAGAAAGUGACAAUAAUGUUAAGUUGAUAGUUCUUGAUAGAUUAAUUUCUAUGAAGGAGAAUCCAAAUCAUGAAAAAGUUCUACAGGAUCUUGUUAUGGAUAUUUUGCGUGUAUUGGGCUCACCAGCUCUAGAAGUCAGAACAAAAACUUUGGCCCUUGCUAUGGAUUUGGUCACUUUGAAAACCAUCGAGGAAAUGGUUCAGUUAUUAAAGAAAGAGAUCAUCAGAACUGCUGGUGGUGAACAAGAGGAUGCUGGAAAAUAUAGACAACUCCUUGUUAGAACGUUGCACUCUUGCUCUAUCAAGUUCCCAAAUGUCGCGGCAACGAUUAUUCCAGUAUUAACCGAUUUUCUAUCUGAAAACAAUAGUGAAGCUGCAUCAAACGACGUGCUGGUGUUUAUCCGCGAAGCCAUUGAGAGAUUUGAUAACUUAAGACCUUUAAUUAUUGAAAAACUGCUUGAGGUAUUUUCACAAAUUCGGUCUGCUAAUAUUCACAGAGGAGCUCUAUGGAUUCUUGGCGAAUACGCAACUUCCAAGGAUGAUAUUGACUCGGUGAUGUCCCGCGUACGAUCUGUCCUUGGCGAGUUACCUCUCGUAGAGGCAGAAAAUAAGAGACAAGCUGGCGAAAAACCUCCCGAAGAAUCUGAAAGUGGCCAAUCUAAUCCUGCGCAAUUGGUUACGUCGGAUGGAACGUACGCCUCGCAAAGUGCAUUCAGUACGGCUUCAACCAAAAAAAAGGAAGAAAAACGUCCAACUUUGGUUCAGUAUUUGAUGGACGGCGACUUUUUCAUUGCUGCAGCUUUAGCAACUACUUUAUCGAAACUAGCUCUUCGCUACAAGGAGAUGGAGAGCGAUGAGAAGAAGAGCAAGAGGAUGAUUGCUGAAUCUAUGCUAAUCAUGUCGAGUCUACUUCAGCUCGGUCGGUCUGGUCUCCCUACUAAAGCCAUGACACACGACGACGCAGAAAGAAUUUCUCUAUGCUUGCGGUCCUUGGCUUGUCCAACUCCACUUGUACAAAAAGUAUUUACGGAAGGUUGUAGGGAUGCUUUGAGCAAAAUGCUGGCUGCCAAAGCUGAAGAAGAUCAGCAAACGCAAAAGGCUAAAGAAAAGCCAAGCAACAUAGUGCAAGUAGAUGAUGCAAUUCAAUUCUUGCAACUGAAUUGCAACUCUGAUCUUACGGGUGGUGUUGGCGACAUGUUUGAGCAGAGCUUGAGUGCUGCAGUAGCCGGAAAAUCGGGCAGCGAGAAAGAGACACCUGCUCCGAGUGCACUCAGCAAGGUUACCCAACUGACUGGAUUUUCAGACCCAGUCUAUGCAGAGGCACUCGUUCAUGUCAAUCAAUACGAUAUCGUGCUUGACGUGCUCAUUGUCAAUCAGACAGAAGACACGCUGCAAAACUGUACAUUGGAAUUGGCAACUAUGGGCGAUCUCAAGCUCGUGGAGAGGCCACAGCCGAUUGUGCUUGCUCCCCGUGAUUUUGCCAGCAUAAAAGCUAAUGUCAAGGUGGCAUCAACAGAAAAUGGAAUUAUUUUUGGCAAUAUUGUAUACGAUGUUACUGGAGCCGCUUCGGACAGGAAUGUCAUAGUUCUCAAUGAUAUACAUAUUGAUAUCAUGGAUUAUAUUGUUCCGGCCACGUGCACGGACCACGAAUUCAGACAAAUGUGGGCAGAGUUCGAAUGGGAAAACAAAGUGUCAGUGAACACUACCCUUUCCGAUCUCAGGGAAUACCUCGCACACCUUCUCAAAUCCACAAAUAUGCGGUGCCUAACUCCAGAAAAGGCUCUCUCUGGACAAUGUGGAUUUAUGGCUGCAAACAUGUACGCCAAAUCAAUAUUUGGCGAAGAUGCGCUUGCGAAUCUGUCGAUCGAGAAACCACUGAACAAGCCUGAUGCUCCGGUGGUUGGUCACAUUCGCAUACGUGCCAAGAGCCAAGGGAUGGCUCUGUCUCUCGGCGACAAAAUAAAUUCCGCACAGAAGAGCACUCAAAAUAAAGUUGUUCAGGCAGCCUAAUUAAGCCCCAGGGUAAUGUAAGUACUUGUGAGAAUCUUCAAAUACAGUGACUGGUAUUUCAAAGAGAAAUAAAAAUUUAUGUUAAAAAAUAAAAACUUUUCGAUGAACAUUAUUAUCAUCAACAUCUGCAAAAUGCAUCGAUUCAUAUUUUUACUGCGUGUACUUGCGUGAAUCGUGAGUCUCUAUGUGUGUAUGCAUAUGUGUGUGUGUGUGUGUGUCUGCGCGAUAAUAAAAAGAGGGGUAGGUAGUGAUUUUGACUAUUGCUAAGCAAGUUUUCGUCAAAGCUUAUAUAAAGUAAGUCCUUUGUUUUGUGCAAAGAGCUGGUUAAUUGUUGAUGAAAUUCAGUAAAAAAAUAUAAAAAAAAAUUAAAAAAAAAACAAAAAAUACAUGUAUGUUUACUUUGA